UCUAGCCCCUGCGCGCCGUCUCUAUGCUCCUCCGCGUCUGGUCUAUUUAUUGUCGCGGGGAAGCAGGGGCCGCCCUGUACCCGGAACAACAAAGCACGAAAGACGGAGCCCGAGCCUCGGGGGCUCCUAGCAACGGGCCGGGGCGGGAGUUCCAUGGAGACUGGGGAGCGCGCCCGCCUCAUCUUCAUUCUUGUGCUCCAGCUUCUCCUUCGCAUCCGACGCAACCGGCAGCAGCGCUGCCGCCGCGUCCUCUGCGGCCGCCCCGUCUUCCCACGGAUGUGAUCUUCGUGGCCAGAAGCUAAGUUUUAAACUACCCCAAUGGAUGCAGACAGUGAUGUUGCAUUGGACAUUCUAAUUACAAAUGUAGUCUGUGUUUUUAGAACAAGAUGCCAUUUGAACUUAAGAAAGAUUGCUUUGGAGGGAGCAAAUGUAAUUUAUAAGCGUGAUGUUGGGAAAGUAUUAAUGAAGCUUAGAAAACCUAGAAUUACAGCUACAAUUUGGUCCUCAGGAAAAAUCAUUUGCACUGGAGCAACAAGCGAAGAAGAAGCUAAAUUUGGUGCCAGACGUUUAGCCCGCAGUCUGCAGAAAUUAGGUUUUCAGGUAAUAUUUACAGAUUUUAAGGUUGUUAAUGUUUUGGCAGUUUGUAACAUGCCCUUUGAAAUCCGUUUGCCAGAAUUCACAAAGAACAAUAGACCUCAUGCCAGUUAUGAACCUGAACUUCAUCCUGCUGUGUGCUAUCGGAUAAAAUCUCUAAGAGCUACAUUACAGAUUUUUUCAACAGGAAGUAUCACAGUAACAGGGCCCAAUGUAAAGGCUGUGGCUACUGCUGUGGAACAAAUAUACCCAUUUGUGUUUGAAAGCAGGAAAGAAAUUUUAUAACUCAUCACUUAAUUGGUUAGAAUCUCUAACUGAGCACCUUUUAAAACCUGCUGCACAUUGGACUCAAAGCAAAAGGAAAACUGGACCAACAGUAAUUGAGGAAAUAGACUCUUUUAUUCACUCACAGCUACAGUGUAAGCUCCAGUCCCUUUGGAUUUUAUUUCAAACUUUGCUGUAAUAUAAAAAGGAAGUUUACAAGACAUGACAUUGCUGCUUUUACAAAAGGACAUUCUAUUUAUUUUCGCAGUAAUUCUCAUGUCCCCAUAAGCAGAGCUGUCACAAUGUGCACUACCUUAAAUUGUUUUAUUGUUGUCAUUGUAAUUUUUUUCCAGUUUGAGCUAAUGUGUUUUAUUUGUGAAUAGUCUUUUACAUUUUUGUAUGCUGAAUAUGGGCACCAAAGAACCUGUAAAAGUUAUCUUUUUCAAUUGAAUGUGCACAAAUAAAAGUUUGGAAAAGAUCUUUAUUCAUAUCCAUUCUGUAACUUUUAUUCCCCAUUUUCUAUUUUAACAAAAAUUGUAUUCAUAAUUCUUUUUUUUUAAAUCUAUGCAAGUUUAGACUUCGGCUAAAGUGUGUUAGCUUAUUUUUGAAGUGUAUUUUGUAUAUAUAUAUAUAUGUAUAUGCUGUGUGUGUAAAGUAUCUUCAUGCUCUGUUACCAAAUAACAAAUAGGAAAUUUUUUUCUUGGGGAUUAGAAGUAAACACUUGUAUAUACUCUAGGGAACUGGGUAGGACUUUAUAAAGGAUAAUGUUUUAUGUUACUAAUUUAAUAUGAUAGAAAAUGUUAAAUAACUUUUAAGAGUUAAGAAAUUGUAGUUUUUAAAAAAGAAGCCUCUUUCCCACUAGAUGAAUAUGAGAAAGAAGCUGUGAUGGGUGGUACCUCAUCUGUUACCUUUGUUAUUCUGAAGAGACUCUGUAGUUGUAGGGAAGUGAUUAAGGUUCUUGGUGCUCAAGGCUAUAUUAAGAGUCCUGUCAGAAGUUGAUAACAUUGUGUAGUUUUAACAAGAAGUGCCCACAAGCUGCCUCUGUGCCACAGUAUAAUUAUAAUAUAGUUGAACUUGAACUUGAAAGCCAUUUUGCAAGUUAUGUCUUUCCCUUUACUGUGUCUUAUUUAAUGGAGCUAAAGAGUGGCAAUUCAGUGUAUAGGAUUGCAAUGCUUAAAAUUAUUAUAAAUAAGUGUUUAUGAAGCAGUGGCCCCUGGCUCACCCUGAGCCUUGGAAUGGUAGCACAGGAUCGAUCAGUCUGCAGUUGCACUCUUCUUACAUUUAGGAGUUUAGCAUAAUUAACAGUGGUUUUACCAAGAAAUACAGCUGUGUAGAAUUGAAUCAGCUUCUCGGUAGAAAUUUAGUAAAAUCAGUAUUCCAACAGUGUCCCGAAAACCUGAAUUACCAAAAUGUCUUGAAACAUUUGUAAAAUCUUACAACAUCUGAACCUUCAUGUUCAGUACAUUUUCCAUACCAUAUUAUAAAACCUUGAAAACCUAGCUUAAGCACUGCACUGAACAAUAUAUUUUCUGUUUAUUUUUAUCUUCUUUCUCUCAAAGCCUUCCCCUACCCUGUCACUCCCUCAAAUGUAGGAGGCAAAAGCUAACUUUUAUACUUUAUUUCUUAUGAAAGAUUCAAGUGUGUGUUUUAGAAUUUUAUUCUUUUUUUCCCCUACAUUUGUGUUUAUUUGCUUCAUUUCAAGAUCAGUAGGAUAGCUAAACUCAUAAAUACAAAGAAUAUUACUAGAUGAAAGAAUUAUAGGUAGACUUUUUUAAAUUUGAGAUUUUUCCACUUAGUUUUAAUAAACAGUCAUAAGUAAACUGUCCUGCAGUGUUCACAAAAAAGAGUAGGGGGGAAAGAAUUAUACAACUAAGGUGCAGAUCCAGGUAAUUUAACAUUUUCAGUAUUCAGAUGACUUGAGAACCUUGCAGAUCAGUAGAAAUGAAAAUGCUUUAUCUGAUGGAGAGGAAAGCUAGCCUGAACAAGUCUGGAUUUAGGUUGCUACAUGUAUGCUCACCACCUGGCAGUGUUUGUGGGUGAUCCACUAAGUAUGACAAAGCUGGGAAGAAGCAAGUGUGUCUGAUGUCUUCUGGCUUUCCACAAGUACUGUACAUUUUUUAUAUAAAUAAAAGCUGUGAAUAUAUACAUACAAA